AUGAUGUCCCAAAUCCCCUCCGAAACCCCGCCAGACAAUCUCGCCGCGCUGGCCGAGGACCACUACUUCGCUGCCAAUCCUCCGCCGAAGGACCUUGAAAAGCACGUUGUGCUCGCCCGGGACUUUAUCAACCAUCACUCAGCUGCUGGCAGACGCCUAGUGUUGAUCACCUCAGGGGGUACAACGGUGCCGCUUGAAAAGCAAACAGUACGCUUCAUCGACAACUUCUCUGCCGGAACGCGCGGAGCGACAAGUGCCGAGUACUUCCUGAAGGCUGGAUAUGCGGUGUUGUUCCUGCACCGCCAAUUUUCCCUUCUGCCGUUCUCCCGGCACUACAGUCAUGCAACCGAUUGCUUCCUAGACUUCCUCCGGGAAGGUCCCAAUGGCAGCGUUGUGGCCCGGGACGAGGAUUCGGCUAAGAUGCUGGAUGUCCUGCGAAAGUACCGUGACGCCCGCGACCGCAACAUGUUGCUACUCCUGCCGUUUGUCAGUAUUUCGGACUACUUGCAUGAGCUGCGCAGCGUUGCCCAACUGAUGCGACCACUUGGCCCUCGCGGGUUACUGUACCUGGCUGCUGCCGUCAGCGACUUCUUCGUCCCUCCGGAACGCAUGUCAGAACAUAAAAUCCAAAGUACAAAUGCUGCUGAUGUCUUCAAGAGGAACGGCGGCGCCAACGCCCGUCCGGUAACCGAGGAGGAGGAGACGUUCGACAACUUUGACUCUUCCCCGUCAGUGCCCAGGAGCAAGCGCCUGGUCAUUGAUCUGGAUCCGGUACCCAAGUUCCUGAAGAACCUGGUAGAAGGCUGGUCGCCGCAGGGCAUGAUUGUCUCGUUCAAGCUCGAGACUGAUCCCACCAUCCUGGUACACAAAGCCAGAUAUUCACUUGAUCGUUACCAACACCAUCUCGUGAUCGGCAACCUACUAUCUACACGGAAGUGGGAAGUUGUGUUCGUUUCGCCGGGAAACCCGGAUCGAUGGAUCCGCGUGCCAGUUCGCCGGAAAGGAGAUGGAAGCGGUGCUCCAACGACAGAGACAGACAAAGACGAGCCCCUUGAUCCCAACAGCUUGCCUGACGGUGAACCGGAACUCGAAAUUGAAAGCCUCAUCAUUCCGGCUGUGCAGGACCUCCAUUCGAAGUAUAUCCACACACUCGAGGAGAAGGAACGGGGAUGA